AUGGGUGAGCUGGCUCCUGGGACCAGGGCGCAGCCAGAGGGCGCCGGAGUGGCUGCCUAGGGGCUUCGGACUCUGCGCUCGCCCCUCCGGGCGCCUCCGGCAGGGCCCCCCAGCCCGCGAGCGGCGACUCCCACCUGCCGCAGCCAGUGCGGCUCAGCCGGAGGGGCGGGCGCUGGGCUGGCCCAGCAGGGUGCAGCCCGGCCCAGCCGGUUACAUGGGCGGGGCCGGGGGGAAGGUGACUCAGGGCUCCCCCUCCCCUCCCAGCGGGGAGCGUGUGUGUGGCCGGCGCCGCUGCCACUAGCGCUUGCUGGCUGCCGGGCAGGUGCGGUCCGCGCUCGGGUCUCGCCGCUGCCCUGGAAAUCAGAACGUGACAUCAUUGUACUUGUGCAUGAGGAGGGGAAAGUGAAACUGACCAGCCAACUUACUUUUAUUGUCCAAACUUGAGUGUGAUUUAAAAAAGAAUACCAACGGGUUGAAUUCAGUGGGAUUUGGGUGCCUAACUUGCUUAGGCUCCUCUGAGGAUCCCCAGCAAGAUAUUCAUUUAAAUGCCACUGAAGCAAACACAAGGAGAAGUCAUAAUAUCCACUUAUCCCAAUGAAAAUGGCCUUUAGCAAUUUGACAUCAAAAGCUGCACUGCUUUAUGAUGGAUGGAUUAAACAUGCUGAUCCAAGAGUGGAAGGCUUCCUACUCAUGUCUUCACCUGUGCCACAGACUAUUAUCAUUGGAGCCUAUAUUUAUUUUGUCACUUCUUUGGGACCAAAACUCAUGGAAAACCGAAAACCUUUUGAACUCAGGCAGAUAAUGGCAUUUUACAAUUUUGGUGUGGUAGCCCUUUCAGUGUAUAUGACUUAUGAAUUUCUUAUGUCUGGUUGGGCCACAGGUUAUUCAUUCCGAUGUGACCUUGUUGACUACUCCAGGUCACCUACAGCUCUGAGAAUGGUUCGGACUUGUUGGCUGUACUACUUCUCCAAAUUCAUUGAAUUAUUAGACACUAUCUUUUUUGUUCUGCGAAAGAAAGAGGGCCAGAUUACAUUCCUGCAUGUCUUGCAUCACUCAAUCAUGCCGUGGACCUGGUGGUUCGGAGUCAAAUUUGCUGCAGGUGGGUUAGGAACAUUCCAUGCUCUGUUAAACUGCAUUGUGCACGUCAUCAUGUACAGCUACUAUGGGCUCUGUUCACUGGGACCAGCCUAUUAUAAAUACUUGUGGUGGAAAAAACACAUGACCUCUAUACAGCUUGUUCAGUUUCUUAUGGUUACAGUUCACAUAGGACAAAUCUACUUUAUGGAUGAUUGUCCAUAUCAGUAUCCAGUUUUCAUAUUCGUUAUUUGGCUCUAUGGUUCUAUGUUUUUAAUCCUGUUUCUCCACUUCUGGUAUCAUGCUUACACCAGGGGACAGAGACCACCAAAGACUAUGAAAAACGGAAUCAGCAAAAGCAAAGAUCACUGAAGCAAUGUCUCAUCUAUAUAAAUGUGUACAUCUCAGACCAGUAAUUUGUACUACUUGACAAUCAAGAUAUUUAGGUGCGCACUACACUGUGUACAUUUUACAUGUUUUUCCAAAACAGAGCUUGUAUUUUUACAAUAAGUUAUUUGGGUUUCUGAUGUUGCAGGGUCGGGGGGAGGGGUAAUUUUCUGAUUAAAGAUUUGCAGGUUUUCAGUGACUUGCUGCACAUAUCUAGAGAAAUUUUCUCUUUGUGCCGAGAAGAAAUGACUAUUUAAUUGCAUUCUUAUAGGUGAGAUGCAUAUAAAUAAAAAGAUCUUCUUUAAGAAAGUGUAUGAUAAGUACAGAAUACUUUGAGCACUACAAAAAGGUAUAAAGAGCAUUCAUUUUAACUGAAAUCAUAAGCUGUUGAAAUUGUAGUUUAAUUUUAAUGAAAUAACCAUGAAAAAUCAUUGUUACAUUCAUAAUUUAUAGACUAAAACACAUUGUUAAUAUAGUUAAUACCUGUAAACAUUCAUAUUUUUUGUACAAAAUGUACCAUUUUAAAUAAUAUAAGUUAAAUAAAACCUUGGCAGAUUAGUGUGUUUAAAAAAACAAAGAUGGAUUUUUGGAUUAUAAAGUCUUUUACUAAAAUGAUUUAAGUUAAUGUUUUUUACUUAAUUGAACAUUAUAAUCAUAAAAACUUUUGAUUUAACAUCCAGUCAAAAAAAAGUGAUUUGAUUCAUUGAAGUAGAAUAACAAUCUUACCUCAUACUAUUCAAAAUUGUCUGUAGCUGUAUUUUGAUAUCAGCAAACAGGAAUGUUUACUGGAAAAAAUAUCAUGCAAUUCAACAACCAAAACCAUAUUACAUUUUUAGAAUAGGUUUUGUGUAAAAAUACAAAUGGCAGUUUCAUUAUUUUGCUGUAUUCUUUCUCCUUUCCACUGCCUGUGGAAAUGAACGGUGCCUAAUGAGAAAUUGUUUUGUAAAAUUCAUGGCUAAGUUUCUCUGUUAAUAGCAGAAGUGCCUUGUUUUUGCCAUGUGGUACUAAAUGAACUGUUCAAAGAGACUGCAAACUACACAGAUUUAUGGAGAGGGAGAAGGGGCAGAUAAACAUGUACUAGUUAACUCCAAACUAUGCAGAAUGAACUGAUAAGGGACUGAUCAGAGGGACAUGUCAGCUGGCUUAGUAGCAAUUUAUAGGACCUAUAGCUAUAUGCAGAUAAUAUCUCUCUGCUUCUGUGAAAUGGUCAAAGAAUGACUGUAUUAUGCAGAACUAAGCUAAAAUAUAUUCUGCCUUGAGAUGCACACCAUACAGCAUUGAUUGAUUUUGUUUUUGUGACAACUCUUACUAGUGAUGGGCUGAAAUCUAUCUUGUACUCUGUUCCGAUCUGCUGGAGUUGUGAUGUUCUCUAAAAUGUCUUCUGACUCACCCAUUUUUGCAUUAGUGGUUGGAGAACUCCAAAAAGGCAUGUUUUGUUGUUAUAUGUACAGGAUUACCAGAAUAGUGUUGCAAGUGACUUCUUAUAAAAUAACAUAUCUGAGUCUUCCUUUCUGAACUAAUAAACACAAAUUUGCUUCUUGUUUUUCCGCCUUGUUAAAUGUUAAAGUGGCAUAUGGGGACUUGGUUGCUAUUUGAAGACUAUUAGAUAUAUAUAUGUCUAAUACUGUUUUCUUGUAACAAAAUAGAUGAUAAUGCUGCAAUGCUUAGUUUGAAUUUCUUCUUUAAUUUUAUCUUAAUCUGUGUGUAAGACCUAAUACCCCCAAUGAGCU